UAGUGCAGAUAUUGAUGGUAAGGGCUGCUAAAUUUAAGGCAGUCCGGUGCACUAAGCUUCCUCUAUGCGUGAGGUCCGGAAAAUGACCGCAUUACAAGGAUCUAUUGUACGCAGUCUUAUCCUGUAUUUUUGCAGGAUCUAUUUGUACGCAACACGACUCGAACCAGCGACCUAGUGAUCACAUGACAACAACUUUACCGGCGGCUAAGAAAAUUCAAAUUAAUAGUCAUAAGUCAUUCUCAUCAAGGAAUUGAAGGGGUUGCAGACUUUUCAAACAUAGGGAAAAUAAGUCCAAGGAUUUAUCUCUUAGGUGUAGGUUCUAGAGCUUAUGAUUCAAUUUGUUUGUUUUUCUUUUUUUUCCAUGGACUGAUCUGACUUGACUGUAGAAGUUUUCUAUAUAAUGAUAAGCUUUUACUAGUUUAUUAUAGCCAUAGCUCAAUUCUUGUUUUUCUUUCCAAUGGCUAACACAAAAGCACAUUUAAUUGUCACACUGCUUCUCCUUGGUGUACUUACAUUGGCAACCCUGGAUUUCACAGGUGCUCAAACAGGAGUUUGUUAUGGAAGGCAAGGGAAUGGAUUACCAUCUCCAGCAGAUGUUGUGUCACUAUACAACCGAAACAACAUUCGUAGGAUGAGAAUAUACGAUCCUCACCAGCCAACUCUCGAAGCGCUUAGAGGCUCCAACAUUGAACUCAUGCUAGGUGUCCCGAAUCCCGACCUUGAGAAUGUUGCUGCUAGCCAAGACAAUGCAAAUACUUGGGUCCAAAACAAUGUUAGGAACUAUGGUAAUGUUAAGUUCAGGAAUAUAGCAGUUGGAAAUGAAGUUAGUUCCUUAAAUGAAAACUCUAAGUAUGUACCUGUCCUUCUCAACGCCAUGCGAAACAUUCAAACUGCAAUAUCUGGUGCUGGUCUUGGAAACCAGAUCAAAGUCUCCACAGCUAUUGAAACUGGACUUACUACAGACACUUCUCCUCCAUCAAAUGGAAGAUUCAGAGAUGAUGUUCGACGAUUUAUAGAGCCCAUCAUCAACUUCCUAGUGACCAAUCGCGCCCCUUUGCUUGUCAACCUUUAUCCUUACUUUGCAAUAGCAAACAAUGCAGAUAUCAAGCUUGAGUAUGCACUUUUUUCAUCCUCUGAAGUUGUUGUAAAUGAUAACGGAAGAGGAUACCGAAACCUUUUUGAUGCCAUCUUAGAUGCCACCUACUCGGCCCUUGAAAAGGCUAGUGGCUCGUCUUUGGAGAUCGUUGUAUCAGAAAGUGGUUGGCCUUCAGCUGGAGCAGGGCAAUUAACAUCCAUUGACAAUGCCAUUUAUAACAACAACUUGAUUCGGCAUGUUAAGGGAGGGAGUCCGAAAAGGCCUUCCGGACCAAUAGAGACCUACGUUUUCGCUCUGUUUGAUGAAGAUCAGAAAGACCCUGAAAUUGAGAAGCAUUUUGGACUAUUUUCAGCAAACAUGCAACCAAAGUACCAGAUCAGUUUUAACUAGUUAAAAGCAAGAGGAGCAUUAAUAGGAAUAAGGACUUUCCUUUGUAUGAAGAGAAAGUAGUCCAUUGGCACUAUGUACUGAAACUAUCAUGCUCAUAAAGAAAGCAGUUGCUACAAUAAUGAAACACCUUUCUUUUCACUGUUGAUUUUA